AUGGUUCUUAAAGCAUCCCAGGCAGGACGGCAGCAGGAGGGGCUGGUGGCGCUGGCGAGGGCGCAGGGGCCUCCAUGCACCAACGGUCUGCGCUGGACCAGCGGAGACGUCCGAGGGCGUGAAUUCCUGGACAGGGCGGCUGCCUUGUCGACGCUGUGCAGAACAGGACGGUCGGCGCCGGUCAUCGGAACAGACGGCGGCAACGUCUUCGACAUCCGCCAGCGAUGCGACGCUCUCCGAGGCGUCGUGGUCGCGGAGGGCUGCCACUUUCGCCCAGGAUUCCAAACGCUUGCCGUCCGCUGUAGAGACUUCCUACUUGAAUGCCAGAUCAAUGAUCUGGUCCAGAGUAGCAUCGUCGAGUCUGAGGGCGUGGCGCCGGUAAGCCGCGUCAGGGGCGGCCUGGAUGAGGUGGUGGCGGACCGUCUCGUCCGCGUAGGAUUUUUUGGAGACUCUUGCUGUUUGCGUGGUGCUGCUGCAAAGCGCGAUGGCUGCUUCUGUGCAACGGCAGCCGUGGACCCUGGAAGAAAUAACACCCAGCGAAUCUCCAUCACGAUCAAUGAAGAUGGAUUGGGCAGGAGGGUGACGCAGAUCGGCGGUGGAAAACGCCUUCAACUGGUGAUGUGGGGCACAAAAAGCCAGCUGGCGUAUGUGUACGGAAACAACAUCUACUACCUGACGUCGCCUGACGCUGAACCAAUACAGAUAACCAAAGACGGGGUACCGAACGUCGUCUUCAAUGGAAUCCUGGAGUCAUAUGCUAACGCAUGGUCCCACCCAGUGGAUACCGUGGGCCAGGAUGGAUCGCUGUUGUUUUCUCCCGACGGAAGGAAGCUGAUCUUUAUCCAGAACGACGUCUCCUCAGUGGACAACGCCACAUUCGUUUACUACGGCAGACCUGGAGCCCUGGAGAAUCAGUACGCUAACCUGGUUACCUUCCGCUUCCCCAAGGCCGGCACGCCGAUGCCCACCGUAGCACUGAAGGUGGCGAGUCUGCCGUCUGAAGAUUGCCGCUGCCUGAGCAUUCAACAGCUGCUGGCUCCAGUCGACGUCGUCAGCGAAGACCACUACCUUGAAUCAGUGGCGUGGGUUGACGACAACACCGUUAUGGCUUGGUGGAUGAAUCGCACUGCAAACGUCAGGCAAGAUGUGAUCUACUUCCUUUCCAAUGACGUGAAGCAAAUUGCUGGGGAAAAGGGCCUAAAAAUAGAGCAGAAGAACGGCUGGGUAGACAUACAUCCACAGUAUUUCCAAAAAGGAAAGGAGACUUCAACUUACGUGACGAUCCUGUGGCAGCCUCAUGACGACAAUGUUAGUUUCCCUCACUUGGUCAAAGUGUCGGGGAAUUCCACGAAAGCCAUCACAUCAGGAGAGCUGACAGUCACUAAGAUAUACGGAUGGGCCCCCAAUGGCACAGUGUACUACCAGGCCACCGAGGAGGGACGGCCAUCCACGCGGCAGGUGUUGGCCGUGGAGGAGGGUGGCGACCCCCGCUGCCUCAGCUGCGCCCUGACCAGCCCAGAGGGCAACGCCUGCCAACGGGCCGACGCCUCCUUCACCGACGACUUCGAGUGGUUCGGCAUCUCGUGCUUCGGGCCAGACCCGCGUUUCUCCAUGCUACUGAACACUGCUGCCCCCAAUGGCGACAGGAAACUGACGUCAAACAGCAAAGAACUGCGGAAGUUGUUGAAAUCUAGACUGCAGCCAGGGCGUCUGGAUGACUGGGUGGAGGUGGAGGGAGGGGUGGCAGCCCAGGUGCGCCUCCUGCUGCCCCCAGACCUCGACCCCAAUGGCUCCGAGAAGAGGCCCGCCGUUGUCAGUGUGAACGCCUACCCGGGUGCCCAACGUAUAGGCGACUACUUCACCACGGACAUCUCCAGUUACUUCACCACCAACCGGCGAUACGUCGUCAUCUACAUCGACGGGCGCGGGUCUGGCUGCAAGGGCGACAGGACGCUCUUCUCCGUCUACCGGAGGCUGGGCACUGUCGAAGUGGAGGACCAGAUCAGCGUCACCAAAUGGCUGACUGAGAAGUACCCCUUCAUCGACAGCUCACGUGUCGCCAUCUGGGGCAAGGGCUACGGUGGCUACGCGGCGGCCAUGGCGCUGGCCAGGGAUGAGGACGACGUCUUCAAGUGCGGCGUCUCCGUGGCUCCCGUAACCAGCUGGAUAUACGCCGACAUACGAGAGUCAGAGAGGUACAUGGGCUUUCCCACGCCCGAGGACAACGAGGAGGGCUACAACGCCAGUGACGUCACACGACUAGCAGAGCGCUUCGCGGGAAAGAAGUUCCUGUUGAUGCACGGCACCGCGGACGACACAGUCCUCUACCAGAACUCCAUGGCGCUGGCGACAGCCCUCGAGGAGGCCGGCGUGCUCUUCGACCAGCAGAGCUACCCGGACGAGGAGCACGGGCUGAGUAGCGUAAAUGGUCACGUGUACCGUACCAUGGACGAGUUCUUCCUGAAGUGCUUCGACCGAACUCCUCUUCUGGUCGACAUUAUCAGCGAACUCAUCUCCUAGAGAUGUUUACACUCCAGUCUUAACCACUGCUGUAAACUGUCGCAAAUGUUUACCAAUAGCUGUUGGUUUUACAGAAACUAUCGUUGUAGAUAAAUUACAUCAGUACGAUUCUA